GGGCGAUGUUGCGGUUGUGAUCAGUGGCCCCAUAAGCAUUGACGCAUGCAUCAGUUGCGAUAUGAUCAGAACAGACAAAGCUUUAUUUGAGACGCCUUAAAACUCAAAACACUUCUAAUCUCAUCUCCGCUCAAGGGCUUCGCUUUUAAAACGAUAACCAAACAAGGAAUUGUCUCAAAGAUCAUCAGGUCUAAAAGAGGUUUACAGAGAAAGAUUGGAAAUGUUUAUCAAGGUGAGUAGCAGCUGGAUUAAACAGAAAGCGAUACGCUCUUGAAGACGACAGAAGGAAACUCAUAUCUAUGAAACAAGCGAUAAAGAUGGGUGAAAGUGAGAUAAUUAACGGUCUGGCGUUUCGUUGUUAAAAAUUCGUCUUGCUUUGGUCGAGUUUUUCUUAUUAAUCUAAGUCAUUUCCUCUUCAAACAUUUGCGAUAAGACCGAGGCCAACGGGAUUGUCGAAAAGGUAAGGUGUUGUCAAAACGGGUUGUCAAAAAGGCAAGGUGUAAAAAUGGAACAAAUAGAAACUUAUUUAAAUCGUUUCAAAAUCAUGGGAAUAGGGUAGGCGAAACAAGAGCUACAAGUUUUUGAAUACCAGUAAAUCAACACGUUUGCAUUUGAGACAAGGCUGCCACAGAGAGUGAAUGAUGAUUUCUUGGACAUUACCAAAAUUACUUACGCACUGAAUAAUUCAUUUCAGAGGUAGACCUCGAUCAUGGAAGCGAACUUCCUGCCAAAACGAGUUAAGUCAACAUUAGGUUACUAAAGCAGGGACGUUUCUUCUUCCCUUGUUAAAACUUGACAUCAGGAAGCGCCUACUUAGGUUCUUUCAGACUUCAAACGUCAAAAAGCAAGAAGCUAAACAAACUUUCUCUGACAAUGAGCACGAACGAGUCCGAUGAGUGCUUGAGACAAUGUUCGACGGAAGCCGCCAUUAGCCUUGCUAGUCUGAACGGUAUCUCUUCCUUUGUAGCGGUCUUUGGAAAUGUCAUUGUAUUGAUGGCAAUCUACCGUAAGAACAGUCUUCAAACUGUCUCUAACUUUUUUAUCUGUUCAUUGGCCGCAUCUGACUUGAUGAUAGGCCUUGUUAUGAACCCUUUGAAUAUCGCAAUGAAUCUUAAACACGCCUGGGUCAAACUAGAUCACAUACUUAUGCAGCUCCAGUCAUUUUUCUGGAUCCAAAUGACCACUGCUACAACGUUCAGCUUAUGCAGUGUCACAUUGGACCGCUAUAUCUGUAUCGCGUACCCUUUUAAACACAAUGACAUCAUCACAACAAGGCGCUGCCUCAUGGUUAUCAUAUUUAACUGGGCCUUCUCCAUCCUGUUUGCUUCACUCAACUUUUACAUCCCCCCUACCAGUAUGACAAGCUUGUGGAUAGCGUGCGCAUUCAUAACUGUGGUAAUCCCGCUGACCAUCAUCUCCUUCUGCUACCUCCGUAUGUGUCAUCUUGCUUCGUCGCAUCGACGGAGAAUAACGAGUGAAUCUUCGGCGACCUGUCGGGAAAUCCUUCACAGCCAACGGAAUAACAAGGCAAUGUGGACGGCAGGGCUUAUCAUCGUGGUUUUCGGAGUGACGUUUUUCCCUAGCUUCGUAGUGAACUGUCUGCAGCUUCUAAACACAGAUUUAUGUAUACGUCACAAGUACCAGUGCAUCUGGGCAUGGGUUUCGUUUAUCUCCUACAUCAGCGCCGCAACGGAUCCCUGGAUCUACGCCAUUCGCUCAGAGGAAUUCCGCUCAGCCUUUAAAACUAUCUUCGGGAUGUCGACAAGAUUACACAACGAUGGAAUACGCAACUCUACUGAAAGACAAACCCAAAGUCCACGUGAAGAACAUAAGACAGCCGGUCACGUGAACCUCGGUCUUAGCAACCGCGCAUAGAGUGCACCUCAUAAGACCCUAUGAGCCUGUCUUAUGAGCACCAAGUCUAGUUGUCGAGCACGCGUCUAAGAUAUCUGGGCAUGUGGCUGUCAGUCACUAUUGAGUGCAUCAUAUGGAGAUCAUAUGAACACAGUCCUUUUGUAAUAUGAGCCCCAGAGCCACGUGACGAAGUCGUGUCUAAAACAACAAGCCACGUGUACAUGCCCGGCACCUGCACUACCGUAAAACAACCCCAAAGCCACGUGACGAGGCCGUGUCUAAAACAACAAGCAACGUGUAGAUGUCCGGCACCUGCACUACCGUAAAACAACCCCAAAGCCACGUGACGAGGCCGUGUCUAAACAACAAGUGUGCUGAAGUCCAUGAUCAAAAACCUCUUGAAUCAAUCAAUGGCCCCCAACAACUGUAAUUUACUAGUAAAACUAAUCCACAGUAUGUGGCAGAUUUAAACAGGGGAGUAUACUAUAAUUUGAAAACAAAAAAUGGCCAUGGCACUUUUGAUUUCGAUGAACAUUUUCCACCAACGCCAAUGAGGUGCCGGUUCCAUUGAUGCGUGUCCCAAAGACGAACCAAAUAAGUUAAAAUCUAUAUCUGGCAUCUAAA